AUGUUAAGAUCGUCAAGUCGGUCUUAUGUUUGCUGGAAGUGUGUUUCGCACAGCCGCAACGGCUUGCGAUCCUCGCUUCCAUCGUCUGUGCAAUCUCUGAACAGAAUACAUCAAUACUCUACUGUUUCUCCUAACGAGAGACAUCGUCAAAAUGCAUAUGGACAAUCGUACAUUCCCACUUCUCUGUCUCAACCUUCGGCCUCCAUAGAUAAGAGGCCGAUGCGAGAAAGACUACGAGAAUGGACUGCCACGAAUGAUCCUGAGAGAGAGGUAACUCAUAUCAUUCCAGAUAUCUCAUUUUGGUCACACGUAACCAACAGCGUCACUCGCCCUCAAUCUACUGGCUCCUCCGAGUUGGACAACUUCAAGGCUGAAUCAGUAGGCAUGGUCGAUGGCGUCGAGGCUAUCGCCGCGGAUGAAGCUGAAGUUUCCAUUGUUGGACACAAGAGCCAAACACCUGGUGAUCUUGUUGAGAUGAAACAACCCGGCUCUCGAACACCUCUGUUCGGUAUAUACUUGGGGUACUUCGGCAACAGGCACCAUUUCUACACGAAUUCUGGCCGAUGGGUCAUUAGCUUGGGCUUCGCUGCCAUAUUUUCUGUUUCCAAUUUCGUCCCCGCCAGCCAUCUAAAACCGGUUCUUGACUUGAUCCCCGUGAAUGCUACUGCGGACCAGUACGAAGAAUUGCGCAAUCAAGAAAAAGGUCCUGGCCGAGACGUUGGCGCUCAUCUGAUCGCAAAAAUGAAAAGGUUCAUCUUGGAAGCAGACCGGGCCUACCAAGCAAGUCUCAACAGUCUGGACAGGGCCAGAUCUCUAGUCUCGGAUGGGAAGAAAACCAAGUAUCUCAGCUUAUUUGAGAUGGCAGACUUGCUGCUCCCCCAAGGUCUCAAGCAGGGCAAACAGUUCCCCCCUCCUGCGUUGUACGCUGUUCAUACCGCUCUAUUGCGUAACGAUUUUAUCUUCCGGCCAGUAAGUCCAUCGCCUGACUGCCAUAGGAAAGACCACCUUUUCGAGAUCUUUCCGUACCAGGACUUCAUGAUGAUCAACCGUGUGGCUCUCAUGGUCCGGGAAUACAUUCACCUAAUGGGAAGAUCAGGGGGCAAAAUGUCCAAGGUAGAGCUGGCCGGAACGGCUUUUGGCACGUUUAUUCUGAGAGCACGAGAAAUUGUCCUUGCCAAUCGAGAAAAGCGUGCUUGGACGACGCACGGAAUUCUUGCUCCCACAUCAGGGGUUACUAUCCAAACUACAGACUGGUCAAGGAAGCACGUUGAGUUUAUUCGCUUUCUAGAAUGGUGGGCUAGCUAUCAUCUGUUUGAGGACUCUUCGCACUUCCAUGCGGAUGGCUCUCUUCUGCUUCGGGCCCUAGACCUGUACGAAGGUGCCAGGCUCGAUCAGAGUUGCGCCUGGACAUUUCUACAGGAAUUGGGUAUAAUCUCCCCAUGGGAGAUUCCUUCUCGAUACAAGGUCCGUUUCCCAGAAGUCAAGAUCCAGGGCGGAGGUGGCCUCAUCCGAGAAACACCAACCAAUCUCGAAGAUUCGAUUCGGUCGGACAUUGCAGAGGGCGCAAGAAGAGAGUGGACUAGCGAUACGAUUUUCUGCAUUGAUGCUCCGUCGACAAUUCUUAUCGACGAUGGUAUCUCUUUGGAACGCACCAAGAAGCCUGACGAAUACUGGCUUCACAUUCAUACAGCCGACCCAGCGUCAGGAAUCAAACCAAAUUCCGAAUUGGGCCGGUUCUUGGAGCUGAUUCCCGAGAACAUUUAUCUUCCUGGUCAUUUCCAAGCUAUGCUUCCCCAGGAAAUUGGCAUCGAUAAUUCGGGAGACUACAAGUCUGAGAGUUUGGUCGAUCAGUACUCUCUUGCCAAAGGCAGGCCUGCUCUCACAUUCAGCGCCAAGGUAAACGAGAACGGAGAUUUGCUUGAUUACAAGAUCGAGCCAGGCACCGUCCACAACGUCAAAUACUUGGAUCCAGAGGAUGUUAGCCAAUUUUGCAACGAUCCUCCACCGCCUGUCACGUCUGAUCAGACUCUUGUUGUUGGUCAGCUCCCCGACAAAGCAGACGAUCCACCAAACCGUCCCAUGGUAUCGGCCAAGGAUUUGGACGAUAAGAGCAAGGAAGAUCUCCUCUUAUUGCAUCGUCUUGCAGGAGCCAUCAGAGAGAAGCGUCUCCGGAAAGGAGCAUGGCCAGUCUUUAUAGGAGGCACUUCCGUCACCGUCAAAAUGGGAAAUGUGCCACUGGAGCAAGAGGAAGACACCACAGUCUUGCCAGCUGACCCUUACAUCAAGGUUAGCCACGACACGUUCAACGGUGCGUCUGUGGUAGGAAACACCAUGGUACUCGCCGGUGAGAUUGCUGCUCGAUGGUGCAACGAUCGCAAAAUUCCAGUUCCUUACCGACGAGAUGCGCAUUCGGAGAAAAACAUGCCCAGACUACUCGACUAUGCCACUAAGGAGCUGUAUCCUCUUGUGUACAAGGGCAUCUCGCCAUCGGCCGGGCAGCGUCAGGAACUAUCACGCAUGACUGGCGGUGUUGAACUGUCUACAGAGCCAGGCCCAUACUUCAUGCUCGGCUUGGACAUGUACACCAAAGCCACUUCCCCUCUUCGCCGCUUCUCUGAUCUCAUUGUUCAUUGGCAAAUUCACGCGGCAUUAGCACAUGAGCGCGAGUUGAAGCGCAGCAUGGACGCUGAAGCUGAUCAUGAUCUGAACGACAUUCUGCCCUUCACUAACGAGACACUCCCCAACACACUGUCUCUGCUACGUAUGAGGGAGAAGAUGGCCCGGACCGUAUCUCGCGGUACCAAGGAGUGGAUGCUGAUGGCUCUUGUGCGUGCUUGGAAGUUUGAGAAGACAGCACCGAAGCAGCUAGGUUUCACAGUCGAUGCCCGCUGGAAACAAGGUGUGUCUGGCAGGAUUGAUCUGUUCGACCUAUCGGCCAACCUCACCAUUGAUGGCAUUGAUGGUCUCGUGCUCGUCAAGAACAUCAAAGUGGGGGAUAAGUUCGACGUUGAGCUGGCCGAUGUCAAUGUUCACUCUCGGCAGAUCUUCGUCAAAGCGCUCAAGCACUAUCCCAAUCCCAAUCCCAAUAGCCAGCCGGCACUAUCCCCGGAUUCCCCGGACCCAACCCCGGCCUCGUGA